UCCCUCCCGAAUCCAAACCAAGUCAGACAAUUCGAAACCCUUCUCGAGGCCAGUGGACUGAUGGACUGGACGUACUUCGGCAGUGGCUACUCCUCGUCAGGGACGCCGUCUCCUCCGGCUGGCGGCGACGGGGACGAGGACUCCUACAUGACGGUGUCGUUGGCGCCGCCCAAGAAGCGGGCGGGGAGGACCAAGUUCAAGGAGACGAGGCACCCGGUGUACAAGGGCGUGCGGAGCAGGAACCCCGGGAGGUGGGUCUGCGAGGUGCGGGAGCCGCACGGCAGGCAGCGGAUCUGGCUCGGCACCUUCGACACCGCCGAGAUGGCGGCGCGCGCGCACGACGUCGCCGCGCUCGCGCUGCGCGGCCACGCGGCGUGCCUCAACUUCGCGGACUCGCCGCGCAGGCUCCGCGUGCCGCCGCAGGGGGCAGGGCACGAGGAGAUACGCCGCGCCGCGGUGAAGGCCGCCGAGCUGUUCCGCCCAACGCCCGGACAGCGCAAUGCAGGUACCGAGGCGGCGGUGAUAGCGGCGCCCGGUGUCCCAGGGUGUGCGGAGAUCUGUGGGGACUUCCCUUACUACCCGGUGGAGGAUGGGCUGGAGUUGGAAAUGCAGGGGUACCUUGACAUGGCGCAGGGGAUGCUCAUCGACCCGCCACCGUCGACUGCGGCUCCGUCGGCGUGGAUGGAUGACGAGUACGACUGCGAGAUCAGUCUUUGGAGCUACUGAUCGUGCGCAUCUGGACCCGGCUGGUUUUGGCGCGAAGAACUCUAUAUACAGUUUAUGUGCUAAUGUGUGCUGUUUCCCUGCCAUUCUGACGAAAUGUAAUGCGAUCAGAAGGAGCAGAGGAGUGUGCUUUAGGUUUCUAGAGGCCGCAUUCGCACAUGUGGCAGUGUCACUUGCGUUAACAUGGGCCAAGGUCGCCUUUAGCGCCAGAGAUGACACUUGGUGCAGGCACCGUAAGAUCAGAUUGUGUAAUAAACAACAGAUUCUGCUGAAUGUUUGACCUCGCAGGCAUGGUCCGCAGGGAGGUUGAUGAA